AUGUGUGUUUCCUUUAAUAUUUUAUCAGCGGACAUCCUCGUCUACAUCAAUGACGUCUGCGUGUUGGGAUCGUCUCACAAAGAAGCAGUGGAGAUGCUGAAGUCGGUGCCUGUGGGCCACAGCGUGGACGUCGAGGUCAGAAGAGGGUAUCCAAUGCUCUACAACCCCGACGGUUGUCCAAAGCAGUCCCCGCCAAGGCCACUGGACAGCGGUGCCUUCAUCCUGCCCCCCACCACCACCACCCAGCCUCAGCCUCUUCACCAGCGACCUCGCCUCCCAACACCCACCCACCACGCCCAGCAUUUCGACUUUAAUGGGGUCCACGGUGACGUGAACUACAUGGAACCAGGAGUGACUCUGGAUGCAAAUGGAAACGCGAUGUCUUUCGUAGUCAGGCAGCCGCCGCCGUACAGACGCUCCAGUCUGAGCAACACUGCCACGUUGUCCCCCGUUCGUCCACCUCGAUCCCUGAGAAGACUGGCCCGGCUGCAGUCUCUUGACCAGGCCAGCCAGAGCGACAGUGAAGUUGUGUCAGCGAUUGGCUCUCACAGGGCAUCAAUGAUUCGGAAUCACAACAACAACUCCCUCUCAACACCCCAACAUCAUGUACGAUACGGCACAUCAAAGUCGUCUGAGAGCGACCUCUCCACCUGCACCCUGUCCGGAUCCCGGCUGCCAAUGCCUCAGUCGCCCAGAAGACCAGCAGAGUCCUCGCCCGGCGGCCCCCGCAGCUCUCAGUCCCAUCUCUACAGACCGCAGACCUCCCACCUCAGACCUCCUUCCACCUCUGACAACCCCUACCACCACCACCACCACCACCACCACCACAGCGUCAACGAUUUCCAUGCCAACGCCAGCCCCACUGCCAGUCCAAACAGGGUGUCCUCUCCUGGAGGGAGGAGUGGGGGAGAGCUGGUGCCAGUGGUCCUGGCUCAGUCUGAAGGAGACGGCGGCCUCGGCUUCAGCGUGGCGGCCGGAGGUUCUGGAGGCAGGAUGACUGUUGUGAGAAGAGUGUGGGACAGGAAGCAGUGCAGCUCUCUGCAGCCAGGGGAUGCUAUUGUCAAAAUCAAUGGUGCUGAUGUUCAGAGUCUAAGCUUUUCACAGGUACAAACCGUUCUCCAAGAACACACCAAACUGGGAGAAGUCAUCUUACUGGUUCACAGAGGUAUCUAUCACUCGUCCGUCUCCCCCGGCUCUGGUCGGAGACUGCCACCGCCCCUUCUCCACCCACCUCCCCCACCCGACGACUCAGAAGACUCCACCAGACUCCCCGAGACGCUGCCUGUGCCCCGCACCUCCAUGAGCAUGCCUCCAACCCCUACACGAUCCUCGCUGGUCCAGAGCACCAGCUUCUUGGAGUCAAUCCCAGUGACCCUGACGAUGGAGCCCAAAGACUGGAUCAACACAGGCCUGGAGGAUGAGGCGGAUGGUGUCAUGGUGCCUGAUUCAGGUCUGGGGAGGCAGACUGCCGAACAGACCCGGCCACUGCGAGGGUUUGAUGUGGAGCUCAGGAGAAAGCCGGGAGAGGGCUUUGGUUUUGUCAUUGCCUCUCAGGAUGUGGAGAAUGGCAAAGCUGCUUCUCUCCUCCCUCACCGGUUUGUGACGGUCCGUCGUGGCAGCCCAGCCGCUAAAAGUGGGCAGAUCCGGCCCGGAGAUCGACUAGAAGCCGUAGAGGGACGCUCGGUGGUCAAGCUGCCACACCGGGAGCUCGCUCAGAUACUACGGCGAGCGGGAAACACCCUGAGGCUCACCAUCGUCCCCCGUCCAAGCACAUACACUUCAAGCCUUUCAGAAACAGCAGAAAAUGACCUCGGUCACAGGAGCAGAAAAGGUCAGCGGUCCCGUCCGAAGCGUGACUCCAGAUAUUACAGUGUGGACCUGGAUCGUGGUCCCUCAGGUUUCGGCUUUAGCCUCAGAGGAGGCAGUGAGUACAACAUGGGCCUCUAUGUCCUGGGGCUGAUGGAGGGAGGACCAGCCUCACGGAGCCAGAAAAUCCAGGUUUGUGUCUGUGUCUGGCAUUUGUACACAUACAUACAGAUUAGAUUAGAUUUGAUUUAGUAAAGUCACUUAUUACAGCAGCAGAGUUGGGAGCAGACAAGUACAUCUACUGCUCUUAUAUUGA